AUGCUGCGUGUGUUAACCAACACACAGAGGUUAUUCCAAUCGGUCUGGAAACGCACUUUAGCAACGGCGACAGUUCCACCAGUAGACGGUCAAGAAGUAGCAGAAGAAGAGAAAGUUGCAAUUGAUCCCGAUGACAAUGGACUGGGAGCAUCGGAAGCAGCACCAGCUGUGAAGGAGACCUAUUCCAUAGAUGCCAUCGCUCGGCUGAAGCUCGACCAAUACCCUUUCUACGUUGAACGCGAAUGGUGGAAGAAGGGUAAGCGAAUGACUUUCUGGGCGACCUGGAGGCAGUUGAGAGAUAUCAAACGUCGUGAACAUGUAGCUGAAGCUAUCCGAGAUGAUGCAGCAGCGGAACUCUCCAAUAUGCCCAAAAACGCCCAUCCAAGACGAAUUCUCAACAUGUGCAUGUUCACGGCGCGACAAAGAGGAAAGAUCAAACCAUAUCGAAUCAAUAGGCAUUUGUUCAGGAAGCUGGCCGAUCAUAGUAAAUUGAGUGGUGUACAACGUGCUAUGUGGUGA